AUGAAUGACCAGUAUCACCGGGCCGCCAGGGAUGGCUACCUGGAGCUCCUCAAGGAGGCCACCCGGAAGGAGCUGAAUGCCCCCGACGAGGAUGGCAUGACCCCCACCCUCUGGGCUGCCUAUCAUGGCAACCUGGAGUCGCUGCGCCUCAUUGUGAGCCGAGGGGGUGACCCGGAUAAGUGUGACAUCUGGGGAAACACACCCUUGCAUCUGGCAGCUUCCAACGGCCACCUGCACUGUCUGUCCUUCCUUGUGUCCUUCGGGGCCAACAUCUGGUGCCUGGACAAUGACUACCACACGCCACUGGACAUGGCCGCUAUGAAGGGCCACAUGGAGUGCGUACGCUAUCUGGACUCCAUCGCAGCCAAGCAAAGCAGCCUCAACCCCAAGCUGGUGGGCAAACUGAAGGACAAGGCCUUCCGCGAGGCGGAGCGGCGCAUCCGCGAGUGCGCCAAGAUGCAGCGCAAGCACCACGAGCGCAUGGAGCGGCGCUACCGGCGAGAGCUGGCCGAGCGCUCCGACACGCUCAGUUUCUCCAGCCUCACGUCCAGCACCCUGAGCCGCCGGCUGCAGCACCUGACGCUGGGCAGCCAGCUGCCCUACUCGCAGGCCACGCUGCACGGCACGGCCAAGGGCAAGGCCAAGAUCCAGAAGAAGCUGGAGAGGCGCAAGCAGGGGGGCGAGGGCACCUUCAAGGUCUCUGAGGACGGACGCAAAAGCGUCCGAUCGCUCUCGGGCCUGCAGCUAGGCAGCGAUGUGAUGUUUGUGCGCCAGGGCACCUACGCCAACCCCAAAGAGUGGGGCCGUGCCCCACUCAGGGACAUGUUCCUCUCGGAUGAGGACAGCGUCUCCCGUGCCACGCUGGCUGCCGAGCCUGCCCACUCGGAGGUCAGCACAGACUCAGGUCACGACUCCUUGUUUACUCGCCCCGGCCUGGGAACCAUGGUGUUUCGAAGGAACUAUUUGAGCAGCGGGCUGCACGGGCUGGGCCGCGAGGACGGGGGCUUGGAUGGGGCAGGGUCGCCGCGGGGUCGGCUGCAGAGUUCCCCAAGCUUGGACGAUGACAGCCUGGGCAGUGCCAACAGUUUGCAGGACCGCAGUUGCGGAGAGGAGUUGCCUUGGGAUGAGCUAGACUUGGGCUUGGAUGAGGACCUGGAGCCCGAGACCAGUCCCUUGGAGACCUUCCUGGCCUCACUGUACUUGGAGGACUUUGCCUCCCUCCUGCGGCAGGAGAAAAUUGACCUGGAGGCCCUGAUGCUGUGCUCUGACCUCGACCUCCGCAGCAUCAGCGUGCCUCUGGGGCCUCGGAAGAAGAUUCUGGGGGCCGUAAGGAGGCGCAGGCAGGCGCUGGAGCGCCCGCCGGCCCUGGAGGACACAGAGCUGUGA